AACUUGAAUCGAAUUGCGUGUUGGAUGCCAACUUUAAGCAAACUGUUUCCAUAAUCAGCACCGCGUGGGUGUUUUAAAAGGGUUGACAUUUAAUGUCUAAUGCAGGAAAAAUACACGAGAAGAGCUUUACAAUGGUCUCUUCACAGAUGCUACUUCCAGAUACGCGUUAUGUAGGCCUACUCCAACCCAUUUUCGGGGGUAUCUGAAUAAAAAUGAGGGCGGUAUCAUGGCAUUAAGUUGCUGACCGCAUUUGGGAACAACAUGUUGACUUGUUUGUUGUCAAUAAUCGUUUGUGUUUGAAAUCAUCGGUCCAUCAGCUGUGCGUCCUUAUCAGAAUGUCAAAGUCCAACAUUGAUUCUCUCACACAGCCAGUAGCAAAAACAUGCCUUGCACAAGUACAGUGAACUAGCAUUCAUUACAUUAUACGGUCAUUUAUAGUCAUUCUCUACAAUGAUGAAUUCUUGCGCUUGUUUCUUUCCAACUGACCCGAGUUUUUGAAAGUCCAUUUUGUGCGACUCAAUAGUUACGAUGCCAGCAUGUGUGAUUUACCGUGGUACCGUACUUCUUUUCAGCUGACCGUGGCGGUGCUGAUAGUGACCCAGGGGUGCGAGGCCAUCGUAUACAUGCAGUCUCAAUGUGGCCAUACUGUGACGUCACAUGGUGACGUCAUCAUCUCGCAGACGUCGCUGUACUACCAAUCUAGAACGGAAUGCUCACUAAAAUUAGUGGCACCGGACAGCCGCCAGAAAGUCAGGCUAAAGUUCAAGGAUCUCGACAUAACAUCAGACGAUUCAUGCAAACAGAAUUUCCUGGAGGUUCGUGGCGCAGCUAAAACCCAUGCAACACAUGGAGGCCGAGGGCGUGUAUUAUGUGGGCGGGUAGCUCCACGUGAUGAUGUGACGUCAUCGGGGGCGUGGCUUGAGCUCGAGUUCAAGUCCGACGGUGCACAGCACGGCAGAGGUUUUCGCGUGGUUUUCACUGCGAUCUAUCAAGGUACUUCGUGCACCGAGCCUGGGAUGUUCAAAUGCGCCAACGGGGACUGCAUUUCAUCACGUCUGAGGUGCGAUUCGGUGGAUCACUGCGGAGACGGAUCGGAUGAGGCGCAGACUGCGUACGCCACGUGCACAGAUAUUUACGGAGGUGCUGCAAUAUCCACAUACGAAUUGAACCUUGCAAAGACUGUUUUCAGCACCGUGGGUGUUCUGUUUACUGGUCUACUCCUUGGAGUGAUACUCUGGCAAAGCUGUGCUUACAUAUGGCAAAAGUGCCGGCAAUCCAAACCACCCCAGAGGGAGGAAGUUUCAUUAAUGGAAAACAGACAUGAUGAUUCGACGCUGGAAGUUGAUACACAGAUUGUUGAUCGAGAUAUAAGCAAUAACGACUUUUUCUAUUCAAAUGACAAAGGACAGAUUUCAGAGGCAUGUAGCAGGGAGGAAGAGCAGACGACAGAAGAGCACAAAAUUGAGAAUAAUACAACAAAUAUGACUUUGGGAAGAUUUAGCGUGCAAAAAGUUCACAGUAGCAAGGCUAAUGAGAACACUAUAGAACAUGAUGUAAAACAAAAGGAUAGAGACAAUAGUCAAAAAAGUGUGUCCAUUGAGGGGGGAGAAGCAACAAGUGGAAAAGCUGAGAAUGAGCCUCGGAGGGUUAGCAUUGGACGAUUCAAUGUACAGAAAAUUCAAGACCACACUACCAGCAAAAACAGCAACUUGCAAUUUCCUGUCACAUCUUUUGCCAUCACCGACCCUACAAAGAGUAUCAAACGACCUAAAGUCGGCUUUGUCUUGAACACAGGGGGCAAGGACCUGGACAGACGCAUGUCAAAAGUCAAAUUUGUGCUCCACAAUGAAGAUGACACUUCCUCCCCCAACUCCUCUGUGGCCCAGACACCCUCAAUGCGACAGGGCUCAAUCCUGAAGAAGGACCCAAAGUACCCCGAUCUCCAAAGCUACAAGUCCAAACUCACUCUGAGUUUUAGGAGUGAGCCAAGUUCCUCUGAUGACGAAUUAUCGUCUCAGUGGAGUGAUACAACAAAUGACACUGAUGCGAGUAAUGAUUAAGUUCUUUGGAAUGAGGAUGCCGAGAUAAGACUGUGACUAGCAUCAUAGACAAGUUGGAGUACACAUUACAGAACAAUGAGUGCCUGAAAAGUUUCCUUUUAAGUGUCACUAUGCCAGCCACAGUUAUUAACAUUUUCAGUUUAAAUAAAUCAACCAAAAAUAAGGAUUAACAUAAAGUUGGACUUGGUAUUGUUUUUUCCAACUGUUAUUGUUGAUUAUGAGACAUAUAAUGAGAGGCUCUCUCAUCCGUGUGUAACUUUUCAUGAUAUCAAUCAGUUUUUGAAAGGAUAUGUUCAAAAUUAACAGCUCCCUUGACACGGUGGAUCAACAUUUUUGUUGUCGUCAAG